CGAAAAACCUCUCCGAAAUCUUUUGACCAUUAUUACUCUUUUAAUUAUUGGCUAGUAGGACGUCGAUCUUCAGCGGUUGAAGGAACAAGAAGAAGAACCUGAAUCAACAUGUUGUCAUGGUGUAAUUAUGUCUCUUUUAUUUUUUGCUCAAUUGAUGGAAGAUGAUGAUCUAUCUCUCAGUACCCUAUUAGGGAAAUAGCUUCAUCUAGUCGUUGCUCCUUGUUCUUUGCUUCUAACAAUAUCACGGACCUGUUGCUCAAGUAACAACAAGAAUGACGCAGGAGUCUCACUUCUCCACAACUAGGGGGCUCUUCUUCUUGACGACCUGACCACGAGCACGAGGGCGAGCUUGCUGUCACUCACUGUCGUGAGUCAUAUUCUUGCUACUUUGUAGUUUUCCAAGGGUCUACGCCACAGGAUCUACUUCACGACAUACAGCCUGACUCCUACCGAAGAUGAUCAAGUCUGUGAUCAUCGUGAAUAACCAGGGGAAACCAAGGCUAACCCGCUUCUACGUGGACACACCUUUGGAUGUGCAGAAACAGGUAAAUACUUAAAUAUUUUAUAUGUAACUUCUUCUUCUUCUUCUUCUUCUUCUUCUUCUUCUUCUUCUUCUUCUUCUUCUUCUUCUUCUUCUUCUUCUUCUUCUUCUUCUUCUAACAAAGUACUACAGGUUCUUGUAUCUACCCUAAACCCCGGACUGUGUUCAACAAAUUGAUCUACUUCGCUUGAGUGUUAAUUUUAGGCGUCGAUGAAGCGUUUGGUACUAAUAUUUAAUUUGCACCUAAAAAACCAACUCCUACUCCACACAGAUCCUGAAAACCGUUCACGGCAUCGUUUCUAAGCGGUCUGACGAUGUCUGCUGCUGUUUCGGGCACGAUCCAGAAGACCCGAGCUUCAAAAUCGUUUACAGGCAUUAUGCCACCCUCUACUUCAUAUUCCUAAUCGACGAAGCCGAAAGCGAACUAGGAGUCUUAGACUUGCUGCAAGUUUUCGUUCAGGUCCUAGAUACCUGUUUCGAGAACGUCUGCGAGCUGGACCUGAUCUAUCACUUCGAUCGGGUGAAUUUAUGCCAACAUGUUGUAGAAGUUCUACAAGCUCUAGCUGCCUCUGUGUCUUCUCCUAGUACAACCACUUCCACUAAGUAACUUAUGACAGUACUAUUGCUAUUGAAGAUUAGGAUUACCUGCUUUUUCUACGUGCAUCAUUCAUUGCAAUAUUUAUACCCACAACAUUAAGUACUUAAAAAUAAGUAGUACAUCAAAUUCGUUUUCUAAUUAGUAUUCAACAUUCUAUUUCUAAUCUUGUACGUCCUUGAUGAAUUGGUAAUGGCAGGGAUGGUCCUGGAGACGAAUAUCGAUACUAUCCUACAAUCCAUCGCGGAUGCCAAAAAGCUGGAGACAGAUGAGACCAGUUCGAGCUUUCUUGGUUUUGAGCUGCCGGCGGCGCUGACGUCUAGAUGAGACGUGCUGUAGUCCUCGAGUUGACCAUAAUAUUAUUAUACCAUGUGGAGGAGUCGUAAUAGGAUGGGAUGAAACUUCGCUAAUAACAAGAAAACUUCUACGCCUGUUGAUGAUUUUGUUACUAUGUUGACAGGAUUUUGCCUGAUGUCCAUGUAUUCAUAAUUGUUAGAAAAUUUUUCGAAGAAAUUAUAGUAAUAGAGGACGUGCUGCUCCAGCGACGGUCGCCUUUGUUGGCAAAACUUGUUCUCUGAUGCGCAUGCGAUGAUGGUGAAGAUGCACUAGUGGAGGAGUUUCUCUUCCAGUACUAAAUGCAAGGUGGAGGAGGUUCAAUCAAGAAGUACUCGGAACACCGAUCUUCAG